CUUAUAUAAAUAUAAACAUAAAAGUGUGUACUAUUUCACCAAAAACUUUUUAACCACUGACCAAAAUGGCUCGAUCAUCUGGACAUGUUUCAUAUGUUGCGUCUACUGUUCCAAUAGCUAUUGUCAUGACAGUUUUAUGCUUGCUUCUAGCCAACAACGUGAGCCAUGCCCGAAGGCCAGCCACCUACUAUGUCGGAGGUAAAUUCGGUUGGGACACAAUUAUUCCGAUGGACUCUUGGGCCCGAGGCAAAACCUUUUAUGCUGGCGACAUUCUCGUAUUCAAAUACGAUGAUGAUGUCAGCAGAGUGGUGGUGGUAAACCGAACGGGUUAUGAAACGUGUAUACCGAACGCUGGAUCGAAAGAGUAUGAGUCUGGCAACGAUAGGAUCCAACUUCCUUAUGGUUACAGCUAUUACAUCGGGACAUAUAAUGAAUAUGAUUGUGCCGCCGGUGAGAAGAUGGCCAUCAAAGCAUUGGCUCCAAAGUAAAAGAACUAAUUAGUUGAAGGCAUUAUUCUUACUGUUUGAGUUAUUAAUUUGUAAUAUUACAUGCAUUCAAUCACUGAGAUUAAUAAAUCAUGCUUUUUUUAUUGGUCUUAGCCUCCAUAAUGCUUAUAAAAUUCUUUUUAACGUGAAGGUAUACAUAAAACA